CAUACGAUUUUUGUUGACAUUUUCAUCUGUUUUCUUGUUUAUACUUUACCUUGCAUUAGUUUGUUUGAUGAGGUAGAUUCAGUGACAUUUUAUUCGUUCGGUUGAUCAUUAUGGCUCGACUUGAACAUCAUGGAUCAACUGAUGAUGGAGGUGGCGGAGGUGGUAAUAUUGGUCUACCUGUAACUCAACUUGACUUUGAACAAGCAAUGAGAGAUUUUAAAACCAUGUUUCCAAUGAUGGAAGCUGAUGUUAUUGAAAUGGUUCUACGAGCAAACAAUGGAGCUGUGGAUGUGACAAUUGAUCAAUUGUUGGCCAUGAGUGGGGAAAGUGAAACUGAAAAUCGAUCAAAAUCUCAACAUUCUAUGCCUCCAGGUUCACAGGUUGGCAACAAAACAGACGUUCCCCUUGAUAUCUUCACGGGUAACACUAAUAGUGGAUUCACACCACCUCCAAGCUACCAACAAGCAGUACCAACCAGUGACAAGGGCUUUGGUAAACCGGUUGACCAAUUUCCUCAUGAUUACUUUGGAGCGACUGGAAGAAGAGAAAGUUUACGAUCAAAAUUCAACUGGAAUCCUCCGUUGGUAGGUCGCUUACCGGAUAACUUUUUACGUCUCCGUGAUUGUGGAAGUGAAUUAACCCGUCGAGCACCAGCAGCUUUUGGUUUUCAAACUUUGAAUUCAGCUAGUCUUAAGCAACGAAUGGCUGAAAAUGCAAGACAGCGUCAAUUAUCAAAAGAUAUUGAGGAUUCGGAAACUGCUCAGUAUUUGGAAGAUGAAAGAAUUGCCAUUUUUCUUCAGAAUGAAGAGUUCGUUCGUGAACUUCGAAGAAACAAAGAUUUCAUGUCCACCCUCAACAUGGAUGCGCAGCCCUCUGGCCAUAAUGCGGAAACUGGGCUCCCUGAGGGUCCACCGGUGCCUUGCCAUGAGGAUGAUGCUGCUUUCAAGGAAAAACUUAAAAACAUGGGAAAAGCCUCUAAACGAAAGUUCACCCAAUUCGCUAAACUCUUCUCGAGACGUCGUGCCAGUUUUCCUCAUCUCCUAGGCUCCACCGGAGACAGCAGUAGUAAUGCUGGACGCGAAAAUCUCUUCUCUGAUGACGCUUACACGCAACUGGAAAAUGAAGGAUCUGAUACCGAAAGCAUUAAUAAAACUUACUUCGAAACAUAUCCCGAUGAAGAGGAGAUUAAUCUUAGAAACUCUACACCAAAUAAACAUCGUACCGGUUCAAGGCAUAGUUAGUCUUACAAAAUCAAAACUCAUUAGCGCAAAAUGAGUUUAUUUGAGUUCAUAGCAUUUUUAUUUAAUAGCAUUUAUUUUUAAUCUCUUGUAUUUUAAUUUUUUUUUCAUCUGUUAACUGUUUCACUGUUCACUUAACGAAAUCUCAAUCUUUAUAUUAAGUUGUGCAUUAUUCAAGCUAUUUCUUUAUAAUUAUGUUGAUCAUAGUCGCUUCUUCUGUUCAAUAUUAAUUUACACAAUUCAUUUAAAAGUCUUUCGACGCAAUAACUAACUCAAAUGUGGUCACUUUAAUACUAAUAUAUUUUCGCUUUUACAAAUUU